UUCUUAAAAGGGUGGGGCUGAAUGAAGGAAAGACGAUAAAUAGGUGUAUGAAUAAGGAAAGCUAAGUCUGUGUCUGCUAUGCAGUUCUUUUCUCUCUUUUUGGGUGCUUCCCUUUUUCUUUUCUUUCUCUUCUCUUCAUUUUCUUUCCUCCCUUUUCUAUCAACAAUCUCUAUUUUUUCCCAAUUUGCUCUUUCACUCAAUCACUAAACAAAUUAAUUAACCCUUCUUCUUCCUGAUUUCUUUUUGGUUUGAUUUAGAAGACUGAAAUUAAAUCUAGUGAAUUAAUUUAAUAAUAAGAGAGAAAGAAUGGUGAGAGGAAAAACACAGUUGAAGCGUAUAGAGAAUGCAACAAGUAGACAAGUAACGUUUUCAAAGAGGCGUAACGGAUUGCUGAAGAAGGCCUUUGAACUUUCUGUUCUUUGUGAUGCUGAAGUUGCUCUUAUCAUCUUUUCUCCUAGAGGAAAACUUUAUGAAUUUUCUAGCUCCAGCAUGCAGGACACAAUUGAACGCUACCGUAGAAAUAGCAGGAGUGCUCAACCAAUGCAAAAAUCAGAUGAACAAAAUAUGCAGAAUUUGAGGCAAGAAACAGCAAGUUUGAUGAAGAAGAUUGAACUUCUUGAAGCUUCAAAACGGAAACUAAUGGGAGAAGGUUUGGGAUCAUGCUCCAUGGAAGAACUACAACAGAUAGAACAACAGUUGGAAAAGAGUGUAAGCACUGUUCGAGCAAGAAAGAAUCAGGUUUACAAGAAUCAAAUUGUGCAACUAAAAGAAAAGGAAAAAGCCCUACUUGUUGAAAAUGCCAGGCUCUCUAAACAGGGGAUGCAGCCACAGCAAACAACAAAAGAUCAAAGAGAAAAUCAACCCUAUGCUGAAAGAAGUCCAAGCUCAGAUGUAGUGACUGAAUUGUUCAUUGGACUACACAGGUCUUAGUUGAAGAUAAUUUCAUUAUGGCAAUCAACAUUUGGUUUUACAUUCCAAUGCAUCUAAAUGAAUGUUUAGCAAAAAGACAAAGCCUUCUAAUGAUCAUGUUCAACUAGGCAAAAAAAUAUUGUCUCCUAAAUUUUUACUUGCACUGGAACUUGUUCAACUUCAAAACAAACAUAUCCUUAAUCCUUUUGUUAUAUGCAAGUGUAAAUAAGAGGGAAAAGCCCAAACUAGUAUGUUGAUUAAUGUGAUGGAUAUAUGUUGGGAACAAAUGUAGUCUAUAUUUAUUUAAUUAUUUAGACUAAAA